AUGGCUACCCAAAAUACUGCGGAGAGGGCUGCCAGCCUUAUCUCCAUCAACGUCGUUCCGGUGGCAGUCUCACCAAGUAAAGAUGACACUAAUGGGGUGGCAACGUCUGCUCCUCCCAAUGGCACAUCGACCGUGAUCUUCUCUGAGAAUGGUAAAGCAGACGGGAAAGAGAUUAAGCUUCCGUUGCCUCCAUUCGGAACGGUCGAGCUUCUUGCACCCUGGUUUCCGAAGGUCAUCGAGGACGAGACUCAUGCUAUAACUUUUCGCACAAAACGAAAGCGAAGGACGGUGGUAUUGUGGACAUGCUUCACGCUCGCAUUCCUGGUUUUCGCUACGAAUUUGAUUCUAAGCUUAUUGGCGUGGACUCGCCUUGGGACAAUCGCAAACGGCGUGGCAACUAUCGCUCAUGAGGAUUGUGCUCUUGUGGCAAAAUAUGAUACUGCAUUACAUGUACUCAUCAACAUUUUGAGUAGCCUUUUACUUGGAGCUUCCAAUCUUUCCCUCCAGUUGGUGGUAGCACCAACGAGAGAAGAAGUAGAUGCUGCCCACGCAAAAGGGAUAUGGUUGGAUAUUGGUGUGCCCAGCUUUCGGAACUUAAGGCAUAUUUCGAGAUGGAAUCUCUCUAUAUGGGUUUGUUUGGUUGCUAGCUCUGUUCCUAUACAUUUUUUGUACAACUCUGUGGUUUUUUCGAGUACAACGAGCAAUAUCACCGCUUGGGUCGUUGCACACGAGUCAUAUCUUAACGAUGUCCACUGGGACAACAGUACAUUGAACGGAUACAGCACUAUCCAAAAUGGAACUUUGGAAUGGAACGAGACAGCAGGAACUACUCAUUACUUUACCCUCGUCUCUUUCAUCCACAACAACUACAUCAGUAACCCGUCCACAUAUGCCAAUGUCUCGAAUUAUGAAUGUAUUAAGCGGUCAAUGAAUGGUCUCACCUGGCGACCAAAUACCAUUCUCAUAUCUUCUGAUCCUGUUAAACGGUUCGACAACUCUUCGUCCGUCCUAGAUUUUGGAGUUUCCAUCUUAGCAGGUGACCCUUCAGGGUAUCAAGGGCUGUGCCAAGGAACCCAGAAUUAUAGUUGCAAAUCAUUCAAUUCAGUGCCUCCUUCUGCAGUUGACAACUGGAUAUUUGGGGAUUACCAAUCCUCCAUUCGGUAUUGCCUUGUCGAAACUGAGGGUACUAUUAAGGAUCUGACCGCACUGUGCUAUCUCCAAUGUACUCCUUCAAUUUUGCUAGCUGUCACACUUUUCAAUGGCAUUAAAUGCCUUUGCAUUCUUUUCAUAAUAAGAAGCAGGUCCCACAGCUUAUGCACACUUGGCGACGCAAUACACUCCUUUCUCAGGAAGCCCGACUCGGCCACUAAGCAUCUUGGUGCCGUUUCAAAAUAUUGCAUCGAGCACAGCGAUGACUGGCAUGAGUGUACUAGUCAGCGCAUAGAAUGGCAAGCGCGAGAUGUUAGAUGGUUUAGAGCUGCAAGUAUCAGGCGCUGGAUGUUCACUAUGAUUGCGUAA